GUCUAAAAAAUCCAAGAGCGAAAUCCGUGCGUAAGAACACAGAAGAAUAAUUCUCAGCAGUAAAACUAGCAGUAGCAACCCAUCUGUUUAGCGAGAUGUUGCCUCGCACGUUGCAUGUUUUGGUUUUUGUUGUUUUUGUUGGCGACCUGCGUAACUAGGGAACUUUUAUGGUCAUGACUGCUUCCACGAUGCUUUGGCUCGUCAACUCUAUCUUCGUGCUCUUGAGUUGCGAACGCUUGAGUUUUGCGUCGUCCGCGAACCGAAUUAGGCACCAGCGUUUCCUGACGCUCGACGAGUACGACCGGUUUCUGGCCCAGAAGCGGGUCCAAACAUGGACGAAGCAACUCGCGAAGAGAAAAAAAAGCGUGGGAGCUUCCGUGUCAAAGUUUCGGCAGUGGGUCGCGGCGACAAGGAAUGUUCGGCGGAAGACGCCAUCAGCGGCAAGAAGCGAAAGACAACAGCACCAUCCAGAGAGCCGCGUUGUGCCUCCUGUAGCCGACGAUGAAGCUGCAGAGGAGCCGCAUGCGCCCCUACGCUUGCAGCUCGAGCGCAAAGUGCGGAGAUGGAUGCGCAGCGUGCGCGAUUUGAACCGCAACGAGAUGCUCUUCGCUGUGAUGGCCAGCCGCACGAUGGAGUGGCGGGCGGUGGUAUCCAGGAAAAAACACCCAUCCCCAUCUAAUUUGUGAUGCAAAUAAAACAUGCAUAAUUUGCACGGUCGUUUGUCAUGCAAAAAAUGGAUGGGGAUUGGUGUUUUUUCCUGGAUAGGUGGCGAUGGAGGACCUGGUUCUGAAGAAAAUGCCGCACGUGCGCUACGUCGUCGAAGAGUACCUGGACAACCUGCCGCGAGAGCGGCAGUGGAAGGUGCACUUCCGCAAGCAGGCUUCGCAGGUCCGGAAGUCGAAGAACAAGGACGUGUGGAAGGUGCGGAAGGAGUACAUGAAGGUGCAGCGGCAGCAACUCGAGUUCAUCACGCAGCACCCGCAUUUGCCGCGGGAGAUCGAGUGGGUCAUGUUGCUGGACGACGACACCUGGUUUGACUGGGACCAGAUGAGCCGCAUGCUGCGCACCAAGGAUCCGACCGACCCGGUGCUGUUUUCCUACAUUUUGUCCGACGCCCAAGUCAUCGGCUACGACUACCCGUGCGGCGGCGCCGGCAUGGUGAUGAGCCGCGCCGCCUACGACCUGAUCUCCAAGCCGUUGGCCGACGACUCGAUCUGCCCCUUUGUGAACUUCAACGACCUGACCCUGGGACUCUGCCUGAGCACCUUUCAGGUGCCGAUGGUGCAUUCGGAACUGAUGCACUGCAUGCCCACUCUGAACAUGGCCAGCCGCUCGUGGGAGAACCUGAACGACGUGCAGGAGCAGGUCGCGUUUCAUCGGUUAAUCGCGUCCACCAACCUGGAUGGUUUGAUCGACAUGCUUUCCGACCGCUCGCAGGCGCUGGAGCAGAUCGCGGGCCUGGGGGCUGGCUGCCGCAUGGCGCCGAAACUUGCGACCAGUGACCACGUGGACUCGCGGAUGCUCAUGCUGCACGAGCGCAUGCUACCUAGAUUCGUCGAGAAAUGCAACCGAGCAGCGGGAACAGGAGCCUUCGCAGGGCCGACAACAUCCGGCCAUGCAGCGUUCUCUAGCAGCACUAGAAGCAGUCUCGUGUCCUCGGUCGCGCGCUUCAAUCCGGAGGCUGCGUGGCGAAGCGAUUUCGAUCCGGGGCAGAGCAGCCUGCUGUUCCAGCUCUUCGACGACUUUCAUAUUCCGCACAUGCAGGCCCGGAAGUUCGCUCCCGCCGACUCGAUCUACAGUCGGGCGACAGCGAAAACCUUGCCAGUUUGGCUCGAAGGCCUUGUCCGAGCAGAAGGUACUUCUAGAGCAUCAUCCCCUAGCGGCGGAACCACGGAAAGUUACAGCCGGCGCCACGGCCGCCCAACGGCGCGGUUGCAGAUGCGGUGGAAGUUGCGGCUCAUGGCGCAGCGCGCGUUUCCGGCCGCAGACCGGAUCUCCUUCAGCAAAGACCACGAGUUCACGCGCGUGCUGCGCCAGCAGCUAGACAUGGACGGCAAGAAGACAGAAGAACUCGAUGAAUUGCGCCUCGAGGAUGCGUUAAGCAAACGCUUUUCGACAGAUAGAGUUUCUGGCUUACCGGACUGGGUCGAUGUCGUGGUGCGUAAUUUCAGGGCGAUGUCCCCCCAGCGGAGCCAUGGAGUCAAAGAUCUUCGCACGAGCAGUUCGAGUGCAAGGGACAAGACCAAGUGUGGGAGUUCCUGGACCUUUCUCAGCUUCUACGCGAGUACAACUUACGUGAACUUGGAGUUGAUGCAGAACCUUAUCCGUGACUUGCACGAGCUCUUUCCUUGCGAACGAUCCGUGUCAAAGGACAGACUCGAUCUUCGUCCCGAUAGUGCUACCAAAAUAGAGGAGCUGCACGACUUGAUUUUCGAUGACGAUCCCAUUGCAGCAGCGAAAAGUAAUCACGCCGACGAAAGAACAAGCGAGAUGAACUUUGACCACACUGCGGAACCUCAAAAAAAGCAAGGGCGCGACGAAAAUGCGGACGACCCCACCACUUUCGACCUGGUGUCUGGCCAGCCGCCUUUAGCCGUUGCCUACAUUCACACCGAGUCGCACAUCGAGCCGGCAGCUGGGGUGCUGCUGAACGAGCAAGGAAUUCGAAGAUUGGAGACGUGCACCGCGAAGGAUCAGCGAAGAAUCGAGUUGCACCCGGAGAUCCACAAGUUCAUUUCCGUCACGGACGAGCUGAGCGUGAAGUUUUGGAAGCAGAAGAAGCUCCACUUGCCGCAGUUGCAGCUGCAGGACAACCUGCUCGGCGUGGACGUCUAUAACGUAUUGAAAUUCUGUGGCGUCUUCCUGGUGCACUCGCGCCGCUUCGCGCCGAAUCUCACCGGUUUGAUUACAUAUUCCACUUGGCGCCGGCCGCACCGCGCUCCUAUCUCGGAGCUGGUCACAGCCGGGCAGGUUUGGAAUCACCAGCGCAUGGUGGCACUCACUAUUUACGGCGAGGAACGGCAAAAGUGGCUCGCACUGGAGCAGACUGGUGAAUUUGUCGAGCCAGAAGCUGCAGCAAGAGACAGUAAAGUCCGGAGCCACGACGGGGGCCGAGAGCAAGAAACUGCAGGGGCUUCUGCUCCUUCGAGUGAUGUCACAGACCCGUCACAAGAAGGAGAUGCCUCCUUUUUGUCAUCAGCAGCAGACGAAAUAGCUGCGCCGCCGACCCGGUUUCGGUUCGAGAAGAACAUAGAACAGAGUCGCAUCCCCGGCGGCAUUUUUGUUGGAGACAUAGUUAUGACGUACCGCUCAGAACACUUCCUGGCUGACGCGCAGGCUACAAACGACAAGAGAAUACGCAAGAAGGACGAGACAUAGACGCAGCCAUUGGUCGCGGUUUCUCUUUUUUGGCGGUUAU